AUGGCCGGUCUUCACUUCGUGGGCGGAAACUGGUCAACGGAGAGUCACGAUCCGGCCACGGAGCCAGAGCUGCGAGUCGCGGCUUUUCAUGAUCCUCCAUUCAUCUGGAUAAACUCCAGCCAUGAUGGCGCUGUCACUUAUGAGGGCUAUCUGUUUGAUGUGUGGAAGACCAUUGCCCAGUCUCUGAACCUCCGCUACCGUCUGGUACCCAUGCUGAGAGGUGGAAACUUCGGCCGACUGGACGAGAACGGGACAUGGACUGGAAUGGUGGGAGAGCUGGUCUACGGGAGAGCCGACAUUGCCCUUUCUUGGCUAUCAAUGAGAAAGGACCGAUCAGAAGUGAUUGAUUUUUUGGACGCUGCAGCUGUGGAAGAAGGCGCAGGUGCUUUUUACGUCAGCAAGAACCCGGAUGAUUAUCUCAGCCUGGGCGUUGAGGCUUUCAGCUCUUUAUUGAAGCCGCUUCACGUGUCGGUCUGGUGGAUUGUUCUCGGUGCAUUCUUACUGCUCUCACUGGCGCUGAGGUUCUCCAUUCGACUGAGUAGGACCGAGGACAGGCAAACCAGCACAGAGAUGACGUGGACGACCUGCCUGCUGUCUGUGUUCGGGUCGCUGGUCGGCCAGGGCUGGCCCUCGGUGCCCAGCUCUUUGUCCGGCCGUGUUAUCACAAUGCUCACCUGGCUCCUGUACAUCAUCAUCGUCAACAGCUACACGGCGACAAUGGUCUCUUACCUAACUGUCGUCGAAUUUGAUCGGCCUAUUAGCAGUCUGAAAGAAUUCCUUGAACGUCCCGACUGGAAGCUGGUGGUAGACCCCGGCCACAGUGUUUUAACUGACUGGAGAAAAAGGUGGAUCCAGCUAUCCGACGUGUGCACCGGUACCGGUGACGUGGCGCCGUCGCCGAUCUCCCUGGGCAACUCGUUCGCACUGCUGAUUAUGAUCCCCAUCGCCGCUGCGGCCAGUCUGGUCAUUCUUCUGAUGGAGUGCCUCUUGUUCAGCUGCUCUUCAAAGCGAAUAAAGCAGAAGACGGGAUAG